AAGUACAUAUUUUGUGUCGUGAAACUACUAUACCUUAAAUAUUUACGUAACCUCUAGGCGUAAAUCAUGUAGACAAAAAGAAAACGAAAAGUAAUUAGAUUUCCUACAGUACCUUGAAGGCACCGCCGUCUGACUCCAGUCGCCUGCUGCUUGUGACGUUGCUCGCAGACUGACUCCAGACGCAAGUCCGUCAACACUCCCGCCUUGUUUGUAUUUUUGGGAACUUUUACAAACAAAGCAUGCUCAUCGCUACAGUCUACAUUAAAUAAAUUUCCUCUUAUUGAGAUGGAAAAGAACUCUGUAGAAGAUGAGUGCGUGGAUUCGGGAGCAGAAACUGCAGGACAUUAAUAAAUGGACCUCACGAGUGGUAUGUUACAGUUGUGACCCAAACAAGCAAGAAUGAAGUAUCUUAUUGGAUCCAAUACAAGAUAAAAUACAUUUAUUUUAAUAAAGUCGUUUCUAGUCCUUCAAUUAAAAAUUAAACCUGUCCACCAGAUGGUUGCAUGCAGAAUGUUUGUUUUUUCAGACUUGUUUAUUAAAAUCGUUACAAAUAUAAUUGACUUAUUUAAUUACAAAAACAGAUUUUUGAGAAGAUUUGACAAUUUUACAAUCCUCCCCCAAAUAUAAGAAAUAUUGCCAUAUUGGAUCUCAUCAGAUUCCACAGGCGUCCCUAUUAUUGUGAUAGAUUAUAGAUCUGUGUUGACUAAUCCAGAUGACGGUGAGGAUUAACAUGCUCACUUUUCUAUUAGCCACCCGUGUGUGUGUGCCUGUCUUUGUAGUGACGUCACCGUGAGACAUGUCCCUAAUCUGUACCCGCCAGCAUGGUGUCUAUCGCAAUUAAGCAUCCCCCAAAAGGGAUUAAUGGCAGGUCGCUUGGAUUAAAUGACAUCACUUGAGGUUUGACUCAGAAUGGGCAAAGCACAAAUAAUAUCUUAUUUUGUGGAUUUUACACUAAUUGUUCAUUUAUCAUCAAAUGCGUGUUUUCCAUCAAUGUAGACAUUUUUUCGACACUGAAUGGGAAUACAAAACCAGCCGGGAAUUUCCCGCCAGAAUAAAGUCUUUCCUCGUACGUUUUGAUUGUCGUCCCAGCAGCCAAAAUUGGAGCGAAAGCGGGAAGCAAAUCAAUCCAGAACGUGAUUCCUGCUUUUCUCAUCUUUUAUUUGCAUUAUGGGGACGUUUUUGGACGGCGGCGCUUGAAAGUUUAAUGACAGCCCGGGCUAUUCCACAGACGGGACCACACAGGAACUGAGGGUUUUGGAUUUUAAAGACCAGAGUGUCUUCCAAGAAAGUUGAGGAAGAAGGUUGGUGUCGAUCCAAAGCUGGCAGGUCACACCAGAGUCAAGCCUCAAGUGUGUUGUUGUUUUUGUUGCUGCUGGCUGCCAUUAUUGCCUUUGGCUGUCGACGAGCGGCUCACUAAAUUGCUUCGGUCUACUCCAAAUUGUCAGUUUGAUGUCUUUUUAUUGUCGUUUUUCCUCAUUGCAUCCUUCCCCUGCUUCAUUUUAUGGUUAGCGGUGUCUACGGAAAGAAGGCAAUAAAUCAUUUGGAGUGAAAACGCCCCGAGAAAGGCAUCACGUUGGCUGGCGAGAGGGCGACCUGUCUAUUGUUUGCCCUGACGUUGACUGGUGACCUUUCUAGGGUGUGACCCGCUUCUCCCUCUUUCAUUUCCUCGUGGUGUUUUUUUUUCCCGCCUCAAGUUCAAUUUAGAUUUUCUUCUAUCGGACAAUAAUAUUAAUAUGAAUGCUCUCAUACCACUUGAUCCUCUGCAGGUCUGAUUACAGUCCCUUGUCAUCUACGAGCAGCGACGUUUGGAUGGGCGACCUCCAGCGGGAUCCCUUCCUGGUGAGCGUCCACCUGAUAGCGGACCCGGGCGAGGGCAACGUCCUUCAGCGGGCAACGGACAGCGUUCUGGCAUGGUUGCACCCUGAGCUGCAGCUCUUCAGGGUGUCGGAGCGCGCCGCCUCCUCCGAGCGUCCUCGAUCCAAGCACCGGCACAAUUCUCCUCAACCGGCCUUGGCAGUCAUUUUGUUCCUCCUGGAGGGCAACGGUGGUGGCCAGGAGCUGCUGCUUCCGCCUUGGCGCUAUCAUCAUAGCGAAGAGGUGAGUGGCGGGCGGCGCUCGGGAGCGGCGUCCACGCAGGAUUUUUUCACGCUAGGGUCCGGCACUCCGCCGUGGGCUCUGAGGAGGGUCCACUACGGUAAAGGGACGCUACGUAUGACCUUGUACUGUUGCCAUGACAACUACGCCCACACGGUGCGGUUGUACAAGCUUCUGCUGGGACGCCGGCUGGCCCACAAGAAACCCGACUUCUGCUUCUUGGUGGUCUACGCCAACCCCCAUCUGGAGGUCCAGAUGGCUUUCAGGAGGUUGCCCAGGGGGAGGCGCCCGGCCCCUCUGGACGCGACGGUGGUGGAGGUGAGGGUGCGAGACGUGGGCGCCCUGGUGCCACUCCUGCCCAAUGCGUGCCGGCCCAUCAGUGACUUGAGGUGGCAGACGCAAGACUACGAUGGCAAUAAAAUACUACUGCAGGUGCAAGGUGCUCACUGGAGCCGUCGCCAUCCUCAUCGGGCGGUGCCCCGCCACAGGGACUUGCAUCAUCAGGCGUCUCUGCGCUCCCUCCCACUGGGCAGCCAGGAGGACUUCUAUCCUGAGUGGUGCCAUCCCUCAGAGGGACGGGGCGGACUCUCUGGAUCGCUCUUCUCGCUGCCGAACCUCAGCUCCUCGCCGGGACCCCCGGCCAGCCCGCCUCGCCAGAAUCGUCGCAGCCGCUCUCUCCAGCGGAGCGCCUCUCUUGCUCCUCCCUUUCGCCUCAAUGUGGAUGCCCUGGUGGGGGCCGAGGAGACAGACGUGGACACGGGGACCACGGUCCGAGCGGGCGGCGUGGACCUCAGCGUGAUGUCGGCUUACGUCCACCAAGCCUUCCCGCCGGCCUCCCACUACCAGCCUCUUGAUCCAGAAGACAAAACGGCCCUGCCAAAGAGGACAAAAGACGGGGAAAGCUCCACAGUGCCGCCCAAUGGCGAAAACCAUGAAGCGCUUGUAGGAGGACGUGCAGGAGAAGAAGUUGAGGAAUUCUACAUUUGAGGUGGACUACGCCGCCCCCUGGGCCUCGAAGUAUGCUCUACUAUUUUUAGAUUGCGUGUA